AGCCCAGCAAGGUAGCAGCAACAAUCAUAAUCCAGCCAGCCAGCCGUACACCUAGCACCACCACCUUCCUCGCCAGCAAUGCACACGGCCCCCGAGUACAAGUGGAGCUCGCCGGUUUCGUCGCCGUCCUCGCAGGAGCAGGGGAUGCCGACGUCGCCCACGUCGCCGACGCCGAAGCGCCCCGCGGGGCGCACCAAGAUCAAGGAGACACGCCACCCGGUGUACCACGGCGUGCGCCGCCGGGGCUGCAACGGCCGGUGGGUGUGCGAGAUGCGGGUGCCCGGCAAGCGCGGCGAGCGGCUCUGGCUCGGCACGCACGCCACCGCCAAGGCGGCCGCCCGCGCGCACGACGCAGCCAUGCUCGCGUUGCACGGCCGCUCCGCCGCGCGCCUCAACUUCCCUGACUCCGCGUGUCUGCUCGCCGUGCCCUCUUCUCCCUCCAGCCUGGCCGACGUCAGGCGCGCCGCCAUCGGGGCCGUCGUGGACUUCCUGCGCCGGCAGGCCAGGACCGCCGGCGCCGGCGACGCCGAGGUAGUUCCCGUCAACGGGGUCGCCUCCGUAGCGCCCCCGCCGGGCAAUGCCAGGUCGUCGGCGACGUCGUCCCAGCAGCCUUGUGCCAAUGCUGAGUCCGAGGUGCCUGACGCAUUGCGCGGCGGCCUGCCGGAGCUCCACACGUCCGGGGAAAUGGACGUGAGCACGUACUACGCGGACCUUGCGCAGGGGCUGCUCCUGGAGCCGCCGCCACUGGCGGCCAGUGACUGCAACGACGGCGGAGAUGAUGCGGCGCUAUGGAGCCACUGAUACCGGUAAUCUUCUCCGGCCAAAACUAUCCACGCUCCGUGGGUUCUAAUUUAUUUUUUCUUAUUAUGAAAAAGCGCUCCGUGGGGCUAUCAUCACACAUCACUACACCAGCAUAAUAAAAUCACGGAACAUUUGGACGCAUCAAACCGGUCUCACAUAACAACACAUAUACUUGACAUAGAUGGACAAGCAAGCGGCACGGUUCUUCAUUCUCCUAAAAAGACGAGCAUGCAAAGCGAAAGACAUGGAUGUCGGCUGAAAAAUGGUCCGGAAGUAGGUGCCGUGUGAUUACCAUAACAAGCGACGUCCAACAGAUCCGUUCCAUAACAGCACAGAAUAUACACUUCUGCUUUCAUUCUCAUUUUAGAAAUCAUCGCUAUCGCUAUACACGAGCUGUCGCGCGCUUCAGUGGGUGGGUCACGCCUGUGAGCGAGGAACAGUUUUUUUUUUUCUGAGUGAGCGCGUUUUUUUUUAGAAUUUCUGAGUGAGCGAGUGGUACGGUAUGCCACGCUCCUAGAGGGCAAUGGACCACAACAUUCCAAGAUGAUGAUUUACUAAGAUAUUUAUGUGGCCUCGGUUAGAUAUUUACGAUUGAUUUUUUGUUUCAGCAGCUGUUGUCCGUCGACGCUUCGAU